AUGCCUCGAUUGCUUCCUCUCCCUUUCAGUGUCUCCCUCGUUCCUGAUCCAAAAAAGGAUGUCAUUCAACCGACCGCCUACAUCCUCUUCUACGAGAGAAUUGACGAAAAAACCGACACCAGUAUCCUCUCUAAGACAACACAAGACAAGGUGUCGUCGGUGCCGGAGGCAAGUCCUGAGGAGGUGGAUGCUAACAACAAAAUUACGAGCUAA